UAUCCUUCCUCUCCAAUGUCUGAUAUUGGUCUACCCACUGUCAAGCCAAAACAUUCUCGGUCAACUUCGAUCACCACGUCGAAAAAGACAACUUCCCACCAAAGAAAACCUUCUUUAAAUAAACAACCAUUGCCGCACCAACAGAAACAGCAACAGUUUGAAUCUAUAGAGAAUGCUAAGCGUAGAUCAACUCCUUCUUCUUCUGGAACUUUUGGUACUAAACCAGGUGGCGUCCUGAGUCCUUCUCGUUUUGUGAACUCAGUCAUCCUACGUGUUCAUGCCUUCUUGAACCCAUCGGGUCCUCUUUUACCACACUCCAAACACGGGAACGCCUUUGGAGGAACUACAAAGCCUUCUCUUAUGUCAAGUGUACUUCAGUCUCGAAUUAUUCGUUUCUUUGCUCUCUUUUAUGUCAUUUUUUCUGUGUUCUUAUCACUUAAUCAUACAUGGAAAUAUCUUUUAUCAGACGAUGGUGACAUUCUUCAAAACUAUAGUUAUACGGAUGAUUUAGAAGAAACAACCACUGAUGAUUGGGUACCUGAAAGAACUUACGACCAAGAUAGUCCAUAUUCGCUUAUGAAUGAUAUGUCGCACGGUUUAAAGAUGCACAAAUUAUUUAGUAAAAGUUAUUAUGAUGCAGCAAAGCACAUUCAGCUUUUCUGGAAAAAAGCAGAAAACGUACCUGAAAAAGAUGAAGUAACACUUAUCACCACUACUACAUUUGAUACAUGGCAAGAUUUGGUUCGACUGACUAUUUACUGGGAAGGCCCUAUUUCUGCUGUAGUUCAUGUAGAGGAAGACGACGAAGCAGCCAUUCAAAAGAUCAAGCAAGAAUACGAAAAUACACCUGAACUUCAUAGAAAUGUCGAUCUUCAUUUAGCUCAAGUUCCCGGUUCUCAGUUGAGUGUUUUAUUCCCUCGCAAUGCUGAACGCAAUUUGGCUCGAUUGUUAGCACAGACCGACUUUAUUAUGGACUUGCCUUCUGGCGUCAUUCCUGCUACUGAUUUACGCCGUACAUUAGAAUCCAACAAAGAGCGCAUUGAUAGCCUUUUAAGAGCUGGCAAUCUUUUAGCAUUGCCUACAUUUACAUUCAAGAGCGCAGGUGUUACGCGUGAUGAUGUACCUUACGACAAGAAUCAAUUGAUUCUCAAGUUGAGUGAAGAAAAGAUGAUUUUGGAUGACAAACAUUGGAAGGAGAAUGAGGGUCCCACUGAUCUAGAAAAGUGGAUGGAUGCUGAAACCUUGUAUGCUGUAGAAAAAUACGAAUUUCAUUAUGAGCCUGUUGUGAUUGAAUCAAAGACAGUUCAACCAUGGUGUUCAGAGAGAUUCUUGGAUAGUCGUGCUGCCUGUAUCUUUUCCAGUUAUUUACAGGGCAAUGAAAUCUAUAUUUUGCCUGAUGACUUUGUAGUCCAAAUGCCAAACCAGAACCACGAGGAAGUAUCUGAUUUUGAUAAUGUUGUUGAAAACAGAAUUUAUGCUAAAUUCUAUUGGGAGCAAUGCGUUCAUCAUGCCAGACAAUUAGACGCUUUAGGCCUUUGGAAGACACCUCGUUCUCAGCACAUUCGCAGCCAAUGUUCUCGCGUUAUUCAAAACUGGGGUAAAGGCUUGAUUGGUAAACCAGAGUAGAUCAAAUAAAUAUUAGAAAGAGUGGCUUGGUUUAAACCUGAGAGCUGGGUCCGACAGCACGCGCAUUUAUUAAUUAAAUUUAUUUUAAGCUUUUCUGUUCCUUUUUCUCU